UUGUUUACUUCUCUGUUCUCUCUCCACCCACAGCCAACAUUUUUGCCCGAAGCACGAAGCAAGAAAAACAACAAAUUUUUUGUAUUGAAAAUCUAGGGCUUCAAAUUUCGAUCCCCCGCCCUCUCUCUCUAUCUAUCUUUGCUCUGCUUUUGGUUUCGCUACACGCAUACAUAUGUCCUUGCCCCACUCGUUCCCGCUUCCUUCCUCUUCGUCGUUGUGUCUUAAAUCCUUAUCCCCUACUGGAAAAGAGAUCGACAGAUCGGCUAUUUGGAGGCAAACAAAUGGAAGUUUCGUAUUUUGAGAAUCUCCUGUUGUAGAUUUAGGGAACUUAUCUUUUUUUGGUUUUAGUUGAACGACUUUUUCUUUAUAUUUACUUUUGUGGAGGGGUUUUGGAUGCACGUUUGGUUAUGGAGUCAGGGGGAGCAAUGCCUUCUAUAAGUUUGGUCCAGUGUUGUGAUUGUGCCUGCAAUUGCUCGAUGAUGAAGUCCGGGACUUGGAUUCGAACUGUGAAGAGGAAGUUGGAUGAAUUUGAGGAAAGCAACGUGUUUUCAAUUCCAGAUUUCCCCUUUCCACAAAUUGCUCGAGUGGAAAUUGAGAAUGAGUGUGAAGCCUUACGUGAUAUUGUUAGCAGCCAACAAGAGACUAUACAAGAGCUUUCUCUUGAACUGGAAGAGGAGAGAAAUGCUUCAUCGUCUGCUGCAAAUGAAACGAUGGCAAUGAUUCUGAGGCUGCAGAGGGAGAAGGCUGAGAUUCAGUUGGAGACUCGACAAUUCAAGCGGUUUGCAGAGGAAAAGAUGGCACAUGACCAGGAGGAGCUUUCAGCAAUGGAUGAACUAUUGUACAAGAGGGAGCAAAGUAUACAAUCUCUCUAUUGUGAGAUACAGUCAUAUAAACAUAGGAUGAUGAGCUAUGGGCUCACAGAAUCUGAGGCAGAUGGUGGAAGAGGGGGCAUGAUCCGCAAUGACAGCCUUAUUGAAUUUGGAUCACAAUUUGAUCUUCCCAUUCAGGAUUAUCCUCCUUUGAAGUGCAAUUUUAAUGAGAACCAUGUUGGCUUAGAGGUAAACAAUGAUAUAGAUGAUGUUGAGAAAUAUGCAUUUGGUGAAUCUCCGACUUCUCUUGAUCAUUUGAAGGAUAUAGAGUUCAGGAUCGACCAAUUAGAAAGAAGCCCCAAAAAAAUCCAUACAGAUGGAGACUUUUCUGGAAACAACAAUGUAUAUGAAAAGGUUAUUGUUGGACAAUUUCCUAGUCUACAUGGACAUUUAAGGAGAAGUUCUACAGAUAAAUCAAUUUCACUUUCUGCAACAAGUAAAGAAACAGGUCUUCAGUUUGUAACGGAACCUCUUACACAGAGUGACAUGCACAACAAGAAGAGUGUGACGGAAGAAGAACCUAUUAUGGAAAAAGUGGAAUAUAAGACAAAUGGUGCAGAUGACAUGAAUGAUAGGGUAUACACAAUCGAUUCUGUUCAUCAAGGAGGCACUGGUGAUUGUUCACCUAAACUUAAAUCCCAUGUUGGUGUUUUCCCUGGUGAUAUGAUUACUCCAAAGGAAUCUUUGAAUGAAACUGAUCUUGGGGAUCCUGAGAUCAAGAAGCUCUAUUUGAGACUUCAGGCUCUUGAGGCUGACAGAGAAUCUAUGAGAAAUACAAUAAUUUCCAUGCGAACAGACAAAGUGCAGCUAGUGCUGUUGAAGGAGAUUGCUCAACAUUUAUGCAAUGAAAUGUCGCCAGUAAGAAGGGUGCCUGUGAAAAAGCCAUUGCCUUUUGGGACCAUUUCCAUUGUUCCUCUGAUCAAGUGGGUUGUAUCUUUUGUUUUAUGGAGGAGGAAAAAGACUCAAUCCAGCAAAUACAACUUUGGAUCGGCCAACAGUGGUAGUGGCUUAUUGAUGCUUUUGGACAAGGCACCCAAGACAAGACAAUGGAGAAGCAUUUCAAGCAUACAAGUGUGAGAUUAGGUUUUGUGAACAUGACUAUGAAUUGAAAAACUGGCAGUAUUGUGCCUUUAUAGAGAUUGUUUUUUCUAUUGAUUUGGAAGGUAAUUCUUGUACAGUGUUGUUUGAUUUUUUGAGAGCAUGGGAUUCAAAUUGUUCACAUGUUACACACAUUAUUAGGUUGAAGGUACGUGUCUUUUCUCGAGACUCAAUACUGUAUAAUCUUUGUUUCAUUCAUGUGGCUAUAAUUUUACAUUAUAUUUUAUGCUAUACCAAGUCAAAUUUGCCAUUA